AUGUUACGUUCUAGUUCAUUAUGCCGGAAUAUGGGGCUUGGUGAUGCCUAUGUAAAGAAAGUCUUUGACAAGGUGGCUUCCAAGUAUGAUAUGAUGAAUGAUGUUCUCUCCCUCGGUGUUCAUCGUGUGUGGAAGCGUCACUUUGUGAAGGAAUGUGUUCGUCCACGGCCCGGCGGUAAAUUCCUCGAUGUUGCCGGGGGAACCGGUGAUAUUGCCUUUCGUAUUAUGGAUGAGAUUCGCGGGGUGGAGAAACACUUUGGUCUUGCCCCAGAAACAACAACAACGGUAUCUUCUCAUCGCACAGAGAUAACGGUAUUGGAUAUUAAUGAGUCUAUGUUGCGUGAAGGGGAAGAACGGGCAAAGCGAGAGGGAUAUAAUGGAAUUCAUUGGAUAGUGGGCAGUGGUGAGGAACUUCCCUUUGAGGAUAUGCAGUUUGAUAGCUAUACCGUUUCCUUUGGGAUUCGUAAUUUCAGUGAUCGUCCAAAGGCAUUACGAGAGGCCUAUCGAGUAUUGAAGGUGGGUGGGGUAUUAAAUGUAUUGGAGUUCAGUAAAGUAAACUGUCCAUUAUUAUCUGUACCGUAUGAUGUUUGGUCCUACGGGUUUAUUCCUCAAGCUGGACGAAUGUUGGCAGAUAAAGAAAGUUAUCAAUAUCUCGUGGAUAGUAUUCGGGCAUUCCCCGAUCAGGAAACCUUUGCAGAGAUGAUAAAGGAAGCGGGAUUUGGAUAUGUGCGGUAUGAGAAUCUUACUGGUGGGAUUGCCUGUAUUCAUACAGCCGUGAAAAUAGAUGCCAUUAAAGCUAAACAACCACAAGAUGAUGUGAAGGAAAUAUUAAAAGAAAAGAAGGAACAAGAAGUAGAGGAAGAAAAAGAAGGGUCUUUAGCAGAGCGUGGGGAGCCAAAACCUCUGUAA